AUGAGAUUAUGUACAAAACUUGUUGGUAUUAUGGCUGCCUAUGGCGCCACUGCUCUGGCUUUGGAAGCAAUUGAUAUCAAUGACUGUCCGCAACUGCCUCCUCGAGAGCGGCCCACUAGUGUGCAUGAUUUAAGAGUAGAUGAUAUCAAGGUCAUUGCUGCCAUGGGUGAUAGUGUUUCGGCUGGUAUGUUGGCAAAGAACAUCAAUUCCACUUAUAUUUCAAUGAGUGAUUUCAUUGAAUAUAGAGGAGUCAGUUGGACAAUGGGCGGUGACCCAGAUGCGCCAUCCAUUGCCAAGUAUGUUAAACAUUUCAGCCCUGAUCUCUAUGGUGCUUCUGUUGGCCAGAAACCAGCUAGGCUUUGUCCAGACACCUUCUUUUGCCUCGACGCUGAACACACGCCCGAGAUCGACGUUUUAAAUGCAGCACAAUCAGGGGCAACCAGUAAAGAGCUACCAGACCAAGUGGAAUACUUGAUACAGCAUCUUGGUCAAGGCACCGAAUUAGCCGAUAAAUGGAAAAUGAUCAAUGUGUUUAUUGGAUUCAAUGAUGCCUCUGUAUCGUGUAUGCCUGGGCGAAAUGUUACAGAAUACAGAAGCAAUGUGAAAGGAGCCCUAGAACAGUUGAUUGAGCAAGUGGAUUAUGCAUUCAUCAAUCUUAUUGGCAUGAUGCAUUACAACGACUUGGUAUACUUGACAGACACCGAAAACCCUUCCUAUAGAAAACGGUUCGAAAACGACACCGUCAACUUGCUGGAUUAUGAAUGCUACUGCUGCAGACAGCCUUAUGCAGGCACCUCCUUCAUCGGUGAUCGUGUCUCCAUGUAUAACCAAGCCUUGAGCCGUGUUGCUGAAGAAGUGAGCGGUACACUACUGUCUGAUUUUCUGGCACCCAUCAUGGGCAGACCUCUCAAGAACAUUGCUGUUGUGUACCAGCCUAUGAAUACCCUCAUACCCACUGUGCCCUAUAAUUCGUUGAGUAAUGUGGAUGGAUAUCAUCCCAAUGUUAUUGGUUACAGCUACUUGUCAAGAGAGUUAUGGAAUCAGAUGUUUUUAGCAAAGAAUGAAAAGUUGCAAUCUAGCCCCUUUGAUGCUGCAACACCAUUGCACUGUCCCAGUGUCAACGACAGACUGAAAACGUACAAAUCCAUUCUGUAA